AGUACGAGAGCUAACUUAUUCUCUCGCACAUUUAGUGAGGCCGGAGAUCGUAAAGGGAACGUAUGCAUUUAUUUCGCUCCGGCCUUCGCGACCUUGUUCUCUGUUGAUGCAAGUGCAGUGUGCGCGAGAGCUCUGAAGACAAUGUGAAUUUUCGUUUUACGGAUGCCACUUUUCUCAUCCUACCUCAUUACAUCAAAACAACGUGUGUGCUCUACGGUAUUACGAGUAAAAUACAUAAGAUUUUUUUCCUUCUUAAUUUAAAGCCCAACUGAGGAAAAAGUUGUCAUAGCCAGUAACUCCGUCUCAAGUUUUGUUUAAAGAAAUAUUUCCUUGGUGUAUGUGUCAUUUUAUUAAGGUUUAUCCAACUAGUCAUUUUAAAUAUAUUUAAACGCAAUAAAACGCAGUCAACGACAGAAAAGAAAACGCCAUCAAAAUGUUCAUCACCAGCUUCAUCCUAACCUUUCGGGUUCAUUAGAACUUAAGUCCAGUCCUCAUAUAUUAGUAAAUAAUUGUGACUGCUUUAUUAUUAUUAAUAUUAUUAUUACCUCAAAGUCUCCUUUCGAAAUAUACACCAAAAUGGACCUCGCAAAUGACCUUUUGUGUUGCGAAAAUGCCUCCGUAGAGCUGGACAUGAAGUGCAAGGCCUAUCUCGACCCUGUGUUACUCAAGGAUGACAGAGUUUUAUUAAAUCUAUUACACCUCGAGGAGAAAUAUAUGCCCAAUUCCAGUUACUUUUCGUGCGUACAAACGGACGUAGAACCUUACAUGCGGGAGAUGGCGGCACAUUGGAUGUUACAGGUAUGCCAAGAGGAGCAGCAGGGGGAGGAGGUGUUCACCCUCGCCAUGAACAUGCUGGACCGUUUCCUGUCGCUCAUGAAGAUCCGAAAAGAACAGCUCCAGCUCCUGGGCACCGUCUGCCUUUUCCUGGCGUCCAAAAUUAAAGAGAGUGACCCCCUCGACCCACGCAGGCUCGUCCGAUAUACCGAUAAUUCCGUCACUCUUGAAGAGAUUAGGAAAUGGGAGUUGCUGGUUUUAUCUCGACUCAAAUGGGACUUGGCGGCGAUCACGCCUCACGCCUUCCUCGACCAGAUCAUAGCCCGAUUACACCUAAGUUUCCCCGAGUCCCAAAUGCGCUUGGUCCGGGAACACGCCACGUUUUUUAUUACAGUCUGCGCCACCGACGCGAGGUUCACCUCCAACCCCCCGUCCAUGGUCGCAGCAGCAGCCGUAGCGUCGGCAGUCCAAGGUAUUCUUCCGAGACACGAAUUGGAGGAGGACCCGUCCUCGGCGGUGUCUGCAGCUGGAGCUGCAGGAGCUACCGCUUGCCAUCCAUCGAAAAGCAAGUCCGGGGGACUCACGACCGCACAACAGUAUAUGCAAGAUCUCUACCAUAGGUUACACUCCAUCACGCAGAUCGACACAGAUUGUUUGAAGGAGUGCCAUCGGCAGAUAGAAAUUUGGACACAGAACAACUGCCUCGACAGUUCCUCGGCGUCAACGUCCACUACCCCAACUGAUAUGCAAGAUGUCUAUUUCUGACGGAGGUACCGACCCGCUAACCUCCGCGUCAACUACCCUCGUCAUCAUCGUUAUCAUUAUCCCCCAACCACUACCACCACCACUGCUACUACUCACCUCGUGGAGGAGAAGGAGAUGGAAAUUGAGGAGGGCCCGGGGGAUAGCCAUCUUGUAGGGGAACCCCGUGGGGUUUGCAACCCCAACACUGCCACAUCCUGCAGUCGGUGACUCGGGGUUUGUGAAGCCCCGUUGGACACCGACAUCACCGGUGGAGGCUGAGCUGCUGAUACAAUUGCUAUUGCUACCAAUCCAGCCGGUGUUGGCGUGGGACCUGCCGUCCCUGUAGCCCCCCCCCCUCCCCCACCUUCCCCUCUUAUAGGGACGACCGACCCCACCACGCCUACCAUGUGCACAAACUAGUCGGGUCGCUAAUUUAUGUUGGAUAUGAACUGACAUAAGCUGCUGCUGAUGCUAUUGCUGUUCUGGGCAAAGUAUUCAUUAUGCCCAUCUCUCCCUUCAUGUGUACUACACAACACACUUAGAGGACCUCUUACCAUCACACCCCUGUUACUACUACAACUGCCUCACUUCAUCACCACCCCAAUACCCAAACUCAUAUCACUUCGGGUUCUGCUUGCAUGUGCCAAUCUAUCCCAGUCAUGUCAUGAAAAGCUAGUGAUCAUUACAUGAUGGAAGAACGACGUUUCAUGAUGGAGAUGUUUCAGGAUGAAACGUCAGACAAAAUCCGACCGCCAUCCAGACUUAGUUAGACCUGUAUUAAAACUUUUUUGGAGCUUCAGGUGGACUGCCGAUACUGCUUGUCUGUUGAUGGCUAUGGAAGUGUAAACAAAGUUUAAGAAAGAAGAUUGAUUGAGAGAAAUGGGAGAGAUAGAGAGAGAGAAAGAGAAGGGGAGUAUGCAAUGAUAACUAUGAAGGUGUUGGGAGGUUUCCUCCUGAAAGAUGGGACCAAGUAGCCUUUCUGUUCUGGGACUUUCCUUGAGCUUUACAUUAAUUUCUCCUUUAAUUCGAGGUAUAGAAUCUAUGAAGAAAUGACAGAGACUAUUUCUAGCUGUAUAUGCUAAUCCUGCAAUAGAAAUGAGGAGAGCAAUACCAGCGAAAGAAUAUUUAGCCUUCCUUAUCCCAGUCAUGAUAGGCACCAAAACUGUGAUUCAUUUUCUACUAACACUAACUUUACUUAAACAGUUUAUGUACAUGUAUUUGCAGAUGUGUUUGUAUGUUUAUAUUACACACACCAAUGCAUUUAUACACAAUGUGUAUGAACAAUACACAUGCAAAAAUUAAAAAGAAAAAAAAAAAGGAAUUGAAGAUUACAAUUUUAAGAUAAAUUUUUUGAUGUGAUAUAACAUUAGAGUGGACACACUUAAGCUUAAGUUCAGACAAGAGUAUAUGAUAGGAGGGUGAGAUUUCAAGAGCACAAUGAAAGGGCAUUAUCAGUCCGUAUUUAUUGAACCACAAUGAAACAUCUCUGCCCAGUGGGGCCUUUUGUUCUCUCUAGCGUAUUGUACUGCAAAGUUUUUCAAGAAAUAAGGAUAGAAUGCAUCUGAAUUACAGUAGACUUUAUUUUUUUAGGAAGUAAAUGAUUUCAGUCUUGCUUAAUUGUAAGUGGUCAAUAAGACUCAUUGCGUUCCAUAAAAAUUAAAAUUCCCAAGCUGAUGGAUGUUUAUCUUUACUCUGAUUAGCAAAUUUACUUAAUAUUUGGAAAGAAUGUUGCAAGGUUUUCUCCAUGUAUACAGUAACAUGUAAUUACUAUUGUAUUUCUGUAGUUGUCACACAAUGUGGUACUCACCUAUAUUUUCAUUUUAGCUGCAUUUAUGUAUUUUAUGUCCUCCAUUGCAGUAUAUUUAUUUGUUACCUUUCCUUCUGGUUUUCACUAGUCUUCUCUGUAUUUUUGCAGUAAAACUUUUUAGACCUAUUAUUUUACUCUAAGCAACAAAGUCUAAGAGAUAGUGCUUAGACUUACCUAUUUAUAAUGACUUAUUUAAAACAUAUUUAAUGCAUGGCUCUGCUUUUCUUGGGAAUAAGAAUGUGGGUCAUUAUAUUUUUUCCAUUAGCUUGUUAUAAUAAUAAUAAUAAUAAUAAUAAUAAUAAUAAUGAUAAUAAUAAUAAUAAUAAUGCUUCCUAAGGUGUGUUUACAUGGCAGAAGAAAUAACAUUUUCUUUCUCUUUGCAUUUGUCUGGCCUUAGGGAACAGGUGCAUGUUUUAUGAUUUCAGGAAGACUCUUGAGUACACAUUAAAAAUAUGUAUCUGACACUUAUUUGUUUCAUUUUGUGUAGUUGUGAGAUGUAACAGGGCCUGUAAAUAUGUAUUUUUUCAUUUAUGAGCCAUACAGCUUUCUCUUUCUUCUGUAUCUUUAUUUAUAUAUAAGCAGUAUAGUGUUUACUGUCAACCUAAGAAAUAGAUUUAUACUGAUACGUAUAUGAUUUUUGCCAGGAAGCACAUCAUGGUGUAAUGCUGAUUUCUCAUGACCACAUUGUGUUGGUAUACAUUUUUGAUAUUCCUUUAUUACUACUUUUAUGCUAUUUUCAAUAAUACAGUCAUUUACUACAGUAGUCCCUGGUUAUUGGUGUAUAUUCAGCAAUAAAGGGAAACUGCUUCAUUUCAGUGGCAAGAUAUAUAAGAAAUUAUUGGUGCCUUUUUAUUUCUUCUCUUCUUUUCUUCCCCAUUCGUCCCCAAGGCAUAGUAUUCUCCUCCAUAGGACUUAGUGCUAUUUGCCUAUUCUACGCUUACUCCUCAACAUGCUCGAUGUUGUCCAAGUUUUUGUUUUCAUUAUUUAUGUAUCAUAGGUCAUGUGAAACAGUUAGGUAUUGCUUGUAGUCACCUAUACAGUAUAUGAACUAAUUUGACUAAACAUAGCAUGGGUGGUACAGUACAACAUGCUAAUUUUACUGUAAAGGAAAUCAAUGCCUUGCCGAAUGUUUUGGGAUUUAUAUUUCAUAGAAGGUCAUGUUUUGUUAUUUUCUUCAUCUGUUAUUGUUGGUUUUCUUUCACUUUGGCUUUGAACAUAUAUGAAGCUUAAAUUAACUGAUUUUUAUAUGAAAUCUUUAUUAUGUUUCCAUUUACUCAUAGUUGAUGACUGAUGUGAUUGCAGAAUCAGUGCAGGACAAAGGGACCUCACAUGUGGUGUCUGAAUAUCAUUGUUAACAUGCAAUUUACAAUUGGUACUUACUUACUGUGCCAUUCCAAAUUAUUUUUUUUAUAAAGGUAUGAAAUGAAAUACUGGUUAGUGAAUGGAGUAGCCAUAUUUGAAGUCUGAACGGCUGUUAUUUUGUGACAUUUACUGAAAUGUAUAUGUAGGUCUCAACCUCUGGCCUUUGCUGCAAGUCGUUUCCUGAAGUCUGUUUGAUUUUUACUCUGAUUAAUUAAUUACUGCUUGUGUCACACCUGAAAUUUUUAUUUUAGAUUUUUCCAUUCAAUGAAUUACCAGGAAUUGUAUUUCUUUAAGUCAGUGGAAGGUUCACUCUGCAAAUUAAUGAAAACAAAAUGCUAUAAUGUUGAAACUUCAGCCUUAUCAGUUUCUGGCAUAGUAGUCUCCAUAAUGCGGACCUAUAAGGUUAUGCAGAAUUCACAAAAAAAAAAAAAAAAAAAAAUUAUUAGUUUUGAAACACAAGCUGCCCAUGUUAACAGGCGGUUGACGUAUGCCAUUCACGCGAAUGCCGUGUAUUAUUAUUUGGACAUUUUUUUUGAGAACAUGAUUAUGUUCAGGUUGUCCUUUGUCCACUACCCUGCUCUACAAGGCUACCUAUACUAUAUACUGUACCCCCUUUAUGUUUCAGUGUGUGCGUGUGUAUGUGUAUGUGUGUGGAUUUAAUUUCUGCAUGUACUACAGGUCCUAGGGAAGUUCUUUAUGUAUCCCAGGUGUGGUCCAGUCCAAACCAAUCAGAAUCAACCAAAUAAUAACAAAUGUACUCUUGUUACCUCAAUUUCACCUCUUGUCUCCUGUCAAUUCUAAUGCCAAUAGGGAUCUUUUAGCCCAUACCAUGCUUUUGAUGGCAUGUCUGGAUUGUGUUGCCCUUUUUUCUAGGGAAAGUGAUGCACUUAAGAUAGAUUAAUGUUUGUAUUGUAUGGUAUACAAAGGAGUCUAUACUUGAUCCCUUCAGGCUUCGUUAAAUUUAUUGAUUGUUAUUUUUAUUGUACUGUCCAUUUUUGUUUCAAAAUUAUUUACAUUAACGAUUAGGCCCAACCAAAUAUUUGGAACUUGAAAAGUCAAGGAAACAGAAGGAUUCCUAAACCCUAUUGUAAUUAGACUUUAUGGAAACUUGUAAACGUGUCUUGUACAUCCUCCAUCAGGUUGACUCAGAGUUCAUAUGGUUCCUCAAUUUAGUUUUGGUAAAGUCUAAGUUCAUUAGCAGGUAUGUUGGGAUGCCACCAGAGAAGGAGACGUUCAUUCAGUAUGUGGCGGAAACCAUUAUAGUCAGUGUGAACAGUUUUAAUGCUGUUUCCUAAUUAUAUCCUUACUCAGGUCCGUUGAGAAUGUAAAAUCUGUAAAUAUUUAUAAAAAUCAUAAUUAUAUUUAGAAAAAUA